GCUCUCCUGGGUCAUCCUUGCUACCUUGCUUGCUGCAUCCCUUUCUGCGCUCACCCCCGGCCUGGUUGAUGCGGGCCACUUCCGUGUCCCCAGCGGGCAGAGCGGCGUCCAGCUGGGGCCCUUUCCUGCGACCAUGUGCGCGCCCCACCUAUUUUUCCAAGCCGUGGCAAUCCCGUGGAGGGAUCUACGUCAUUUCCCACAACGGACAACUCCAGCGAUGGCCUCCGUUCUUCACUUCUAUGUCCAUCCCUCUGGCCAUGAGAGGGCAGCUUCUGGACACGCUCGGAGGAAGCUCCAAGGGAAGCUGCCAGCGCUGCAGGGUGUCAAGACAGAGCUGUGCUACAAUGUGAACUGGACAGCCAAGUCCCUCCCGAGCGCUGAGGAGAUGAAGAAGCUGACAUGGCUCUUUGGCUGCCCCUUGUUACUGGGUGAUGUUGCUCAGGAGUCCUGGCUCCAUUCUGACUCCAACGACCUGCUGCUGGAGGUUGGGCCCAGGCUGAACUUCUCGACCCCAGCAUCCACCAACAUCGUGUCAGUGUGCUGGGCUGCUGGGCUGGGGGCUGUGGAUCGCGUGGAGACCACCCGGCGCUACCUGCUCUCGUUCGCCCACCCUCCAUCAGCUGAGAUGAAGACCAUCGCUCUGGCCACCCUGCAUGACCGCAUGACCGAGCAGCACUUCCCCCAUCCCAUCCAGAGCUUCUCCCUUGGGAGCAUUUCCACACCUCUCAACGGCUCUAUCAACAUCCUGGUUGAGGGCCGGUGUGCCCUGGAGAAGGCCAACCGGGAGCUGGGCCUGGCCCUAGACUCCUGGGACCUGGAUUUCUACACCAGACGCUUCCAGGAGCUACAGCGGAACCCCAGCACCGUGGAGGCCUUCGACUUGGCUCAGUCCAAUAGCGAACACAGUCGACACUGGUUCUUCAAGGGCCUUCUCCACAUGGACGGGCAGGAACUGGCACACUCCCUCUUUGAGUCCAUCAUGAGCACCCAGGCGUCCUCGAACCCCAACAACGUCCUCAAGUUCUGUGACAAUAGCAGUGCAAUCCAGGGGAAGGAAGUCCGAUUCCUACGGCCCGAGGACCCCACACAGCCAAGCUGCUUCCAGCAACAGCAGGCCCUGAGACACGUCGUCUUCACGGCAGAGACCCACAACUUCCCCACAGGAGUGGCCCCCUUCAGCGGUGCGACCACAGGCACAGGGGGCCGGAUCCGAGAUGUCCAGUGCACGGGCCGCGGGGCCCACGUGGUGGCUGGCACAGCUGGCUAUUGCUUUGGAAACCUACACAUCCCAGGUUAUAAUCUGCCCUGGGAGGACCCAAGUUUCCAGUAUCCUGGGAACUUCGCCCUGCCCCUGGAGGUCGCCAUUGAGGCCAGUAAUGGGGCUUCUGAUUACGGCAACAAGUUUGGGGAGCCAGUGCUGGCCGGCUUUGCCCGCUCCUUGGGUCUCCAGCUCCCCGACGGCCAGCGGCGUGAGUGGAUCAAGCCCAUCAUGUUUAGCGGGGGCAUCGGGUCCAUGGAAGCUGAGCAUGUGAGCAAGGAGCCCCCGGAGCCAGGCAUGGAUGUGGUGAAGGUUGGGGGUCCUGUCUAUAGGAUCGGAGUUGGGGGCGGAGCUGCGUCGUCUGUGCAGGUGCAGGGAGACAACACCAGUGAGCUGGACUUUGGGGCUGUGCAGCGCGGGGACCCAGAGAUGGAACAGAAGAUGAACCGUGUGAUCCGGGCUUGUGUGGAGGCCGCCAGGGGGAACCCCAUCUGCAGCCUCCACGACCAGGGUGCUGGUGGCAAUGGCAAUGUCCUGAAGGAGCUGAGUGACCCCGCCGGGGCCGUCAUUUACACCAGCCGCUUCCAGCUUGGGGAUCCGACCCUGAACGCCCUGGAAAUCUGGGGGGCCGAGUACCAGGAGUCGAAUGCACUUCUGUUGAGGCCCCUUGACCGGGACUUCCUCAGUCGCGUCAGCGCUCGGGAACGCUGCCCGGCCAGCUUUGUGGGCACCAUCACUGGGGACAGGAGAAUAGUGCUGGUGGACGAUCGGGAGUGCCCCACUGGAAGAAAUGGCCAGAAGGAUGGCCCCCCCUUGUCUUCCCCAACCCCUGUGGACCUGGAGCUGGAUUGGGUGCUGGGCAAGAUGCCUCGGAAGGAGUUCUUCCUCCAGAGGAGUCUCCCCGUGCUGAAGCCCCUGGCCUUGCCCCCGGGUCUGCGUGUGCGCCAGGCUCUGGAGCGCGUUCUGAGGCUGCCCGCCGUGGCCAGCAAGCGCUACCUCACCAACAAGGUGGACCGCUCUGUGGGCGGCCUGGUGGCCCAGCAGCAGUGUGUGGGAGCCCUGCAGACCCCCCUGGCAGAUGUGGCCGUCGUGGCACUGAGUCACCAGGAGCUCGUCGGGGCUGCCACAGCUCUGGGAGAGCAGCCCGUCAAAAGCCUGCUGGACCCCAAGGUGGCCGCCCGGCUGGCUGUGGCCGAAGCCCUCACCAACCUGGUGUUCGCUCUGGUCACCGACCUCCGGGACGUGAAGUGCAGCGGGAACUGGAUGUGGGCGGCCAAGCUCCCGGGGGAGGGCGCGGCUCUGGCUGACGCCUGUGAGGCUAUGGUGACGGUGAUGGCAGCCUUGGGUGUGGCAGUGGAUGGUGGCAAGGACUCUCUCAGCAUGGCCGCCCGGGUCGGCUCUGAGACAGUGCGGGCUCCUGGAUCGCUGGUCAUCUCAGCCUAUGCUGUCUGUCCAGACAUUACAGCCACUGUGACCCCAGACCUCAAGCAUCCUGGAGGGGGAGGCCUUCUGCUGUAUGUGCCUCUGAGCCCCGGGCAGCACCGGCUGGGGGGCACGGCUCUGGCCCAAUGCUUCUCGCAGCUGGGCGAGCAGCCUCCCAACCUGGACCUCCCCGAGAACUUGGUGCGUGCCUUUAACGUCACCCAGGGGCUGCUGAGAGACCGCCUCCUCUGCUCAGGCCAUGAUGUCAGUGACGGGGGUCUCAUCACUUGCCUGCUAGAGAUGGCCUUUGCUGGGAAUUGUGGGAUAGAGGUGGAUGUGCCUGUCUCUGGGGUCGACGCGCUGUCUGUGCUGUUUGCUGAGGAGCCGGGCCUGGUGCUGGAGGUGCAGGAGCCGGACCUGGCCCAGGUGCUGGAGCGCUACCAGGCGGCCGGCCUCCGCUGCCUGGAGCUGGGCCCCACGGGCGACGCCGGGCCCCACGCCCUGGUGCGAGUGUCCGUGAACGGGUCCGUGGUCCUGGAGGAGCCUGUUGGGCAGCUACGAGGCGUCUGGGAGGAGACGAGUUUCCAGCUGGACCGGCUGCAGGCAGAGCCGCACUGUGUGGCCGAGGAAGAACAGGGGCUGAGGGAGCGGACGGGGCCCAGCUACUGCCUGCCCCCAACCUUCCCCAAAGCACCCGUGCCCCACGAGCCUGGUGGUCCCGUGCCCCGCGUUGCCAUCUUGCGAGAGGAGGGCAGUAAUGGAGACCGCGAGAUGGCAGAUGCCUUCCACUUGGCCGGGUUUGAGGUGUGGGACGUGACCAUGCAGGACCUGUGCUCGGGGGCAAUCGGUCUGGACACGUUCCGUGGUGUGGCCUUCGUGGGCGGCUUCAGCUUUGCGGAUGUCCUGGGCUCUGCCAAAGGGUGGGCAGCUGCCGUGACCUUCCACCCGCUGGCCGGGGCCGAGCUGAGGCGCUUCCGGCGGCGGCCGGACACCUUCAGCCUGGGCGUGUGUAAUGGCUGUCAGCUGCUGGCUCUGCUGGGCUGGGUGGGAGGCAGCCCCAGCGAGGAGGCCGAGGAGGCCGAGGAGCCGGGCCCGGACCCCUGGCCCGCCCCACCUGGCCUCGUGCUGCGUCACAAUCUGUCCGGGCGCUUCGAGUCCCGCUGGGCCAGCGUGCGGGUGGGGCCUGGGCCCGCCCUGAUGCUGCGAGGGAUGGAGGGCGCCGUGCUGCCCGUGUGGAGCGCUCACGGGGAAGGUUACAUGGCAUUUUCUUCUCCGGAACGCCAAGCCCAGAUUGAGGCCAGGGGCUUGGCCCCACUGCACUGGGCCGAUGAUGCUGGCCAGCCCACGGAACAGUACCCCAUGAAUCCCAACGGGUCCCCCGGGGGGGUGGCAGGCGUCUGCUCCCUUGAUGGCCGCCACCUGGCCCUCAUGCCUCACCCUGAGCGGGCCGUGCGGCCGUGGCAGUGGGCUUGGCGACCUCCCCCAUUUGACACCCUGACUGCCUCCCCCUGGCUCCAGCUCUUCAUCAAUGCCCGAAACUGGACGCGGGAAGGAGGCCGCUGAGCAGGCGGGGGAGGCUCCCCUGGGCCUGACGGUUUGUGCCCGCGGGUCUGCUGUCCUCCCCAUCCUCAAACUCAGAAGCGCCCCACCUUCUCUCCAAAUACGUCUUGGACAGACAAGGGCCAAAAUGCCAAAAAAAAAAAAACCCAACCCUGCUGGUUUUGUUAAUCUGCCUGCUUUUGCCUUA